CUCAUCUUCUGCAAUUAAUCUCACUUUGUUUGUUACUGUUAUUGUGUGCGGUGAACGCUGUUGAGGACAAAAGGUGAUUUGAUUAAAAGAAACCAGCUGCUGCUUAGUUUUUCUUGCAGAUUUAAAUUUGCUGCCAGCUGGAAGAUUUCAGAGGCAAAAUGUCUAAUAACAUGGCCAAGAUCGCAGAUGCAAGGAAAACGGUGGAGCAGCUGAAGCUGGAGGUCAACAUAGAGAGGAUGAUGGUAUCCAAAGCAGCUGCAGAACUGAUGUCCUACUGUGAAGCUCACGCUAAAGAGGACCCUCUGGUGACUCCUGUCCCGUCAUCAGAGAAUCCCUUCAGAGAGAAGAAGUUAUUCUGUGUCAUACUCUAACCACGUUGAAAACAGGAUCUUUUUUUUUUUUUUUAUAUGUGCAUCAUUGUCUUUAAUUAAAGCAGCUUUUUGGUGACCGUGUGAAAUGAUCAUCUUUUCAACCUAAUAAUAGUGGCAAUAAAGUUUUAUUGAUAAA